CCUCUCGCAAGGGCUCUAUCUCUCACCAACGUAAACAGAAAACGAGCCGGAAGUGCUCGGAAUGCAGGUAGGGUAAAAAAAAAUAUUUAAAAAAAAGCGUAAAAUAAAAAAUGGCGGACUCGCUAUGUGGAGGUUUGUCAGAGGAAAUAUAUCCAAAGAAGGACAGCUCGGAGCGGGUGACACGCUCUUGGAGAAAGGUGGUAAGGACUGGUAAAAGCAACCCUGAGACAGAAAUGGCGGAAACUCUGGGGUGUUAUGAUGGACAGUGUGGGAAAGAGGAGCGGCGCGAGCACUCAGACGAAGACGAGGCAGACGAGCCGUCUAUUCUGAGAUUCAUGUGUGCCGAGUUAACCAGAGGUUACUUCCUGGAGCACAACGAGGCCAAGUACACGGAGCGAAGAGAGAGAGUCUACACGUGCAUGAGGAUCCCGAAAGAGCUGGAGAAGCUCAUGAUGUUCGGCUGCUUCCUGUGCCUCGACGCGUUCCUCUACGUGUUCACCUUACUGCCCCUCCGAACCCUGCUCGCCUUCCUGAGACUGCUGACCAUCCCCUGCUGUGGGCUUGGCAGCUCCCGGUUCCUGCAGCCAGCCCAGGUGUGUGACCUGCUGAAGGGGCUGAUCAUGGUGCUGUGCUGUUCCAUGAUGCAUUACGUGGAUUACGCCAUGAUGUACCAUCUAAUCCGAGGACAGUCCGUCAUCAAACUCUACAUCAUCUACAACAUGCUGGAGGUGGCAGACCGUCUCUUCUCCUCCUUCGGCCAGGACAUUCUGGACGCUCUGUACUGGACCGCCACCGAGCCGAAGUCCAGGAAGAGAUCUCACAUCGGACUCAUUCCGCAUUUCAUCAUGGCCGUCUUCUACGUCUUCCUGCACGCCAUCCUCAUCAUGGUCCAGGCCUCCACGUUAAACGUGGCCUUCAACUCGCACAACAAGUCUCUGCUCACCAUCAUGAUGUCCAACAACUUUGUGGAGAUCAAAGGAAGCGUCUUUAAAAAGUUUGAGAAAAAUAACCUCUUUCAGAUGUCUAACAGCGACAUUAAGGAACGCUUCACUAACUGCAUCCUGCUGCUGAUUGUGUGUCUGAGGAACAUGGAGCAGUUCUCCUGGAACUCAGAUCACCUGUGGGUGCUGCUUCCAGACGUCUUCAUGGUGGUGGCCUCCGAGGUGGCCGUGGACGUCGUAAAGCACGCGUUCAUCACCAAAUUCAACGACAUCACUGCAGACGUGUACAGUGAAUACAGAGCCAGCUUGGCCUUUGAGCUCGUCAGCAGCCGGCAGCAGUAUGCGUACACAGACUACAGUGACUCGGUGGCCAGGAGAAUGGGCUUCAUCCCUCUACCCCUAGCUGUUCUGGUGAUCCGAGUGGUGAUGAGCUCGGUGAAGAUCCAGGGAGCGCUCGCGUCUGUCAGUCUGCUGCUCUUCUACCUAGGAAUGAUCACACUCAAAGUGUUGAACAGUAUAGUUCUGCUGGGAAAAUCCUGCCACUAUGUCAAAGAGGCCAAGAUGGAGGGGAAGCUGUUUGAUAAACCUCAAACUCCAGCGCCGAAAACGACUCCAAGAACACCCAGCCAUGCCAAAUCCCCCUCUCCGACAGAUAAGCCAAAAUCCCAGAAUCCCUCCCCCUCCAUCACCUCCAUCACCAAGCAGCCUUCCCCGCGCUCAUCAGAGCUCCUCCCCCCAGCUCCAAACCCUGUCACCAUGGAAACCAGCGAGCCUGCUCCAGAGAGUCCUUCUAAAGCAGAGGAGGACAGCAGCGAGACUCCUCACGGCACCGAGCUCGAACACAGAACACAGAAGAAAGACCUGCUGGAGAUCGAUCGCUUCACGCUGUGUGGCAACCGCAUACUUUAACCGCCGCAGCUUCAGCUCAGAGACGAGACCGAAACGCCGCGCCCGGCGUGUCCCCGGGAGGGGGUGGAGGGCCGGACAAGACACACAGGAGAUACACGGCGAGACGAACAUUCCAGUGACGUGGAAUCUGCUGUCCAGCGUCCUCUCCUCGUUUUAGACUUGAAUAGAGAGCGCAGUGGAUCUGCGCUUUCCUGAACAUUCUGCCACAAUGCGAGAAAUUUCAGACAAACGUCAGACAUUUCAGAAGGACAGGAAGUUUUUAAAUGUGAUUAGGUAUAAUGAUCUCAGAGAUCUAAAUCGAAUAAACAGGCAACCCAGCGUUGAUUAUAUAGGGGUCCAAGACGAAAACCGUGUUUCAUAUUUAAAAGUAAAACGGUACAGUAUACUUUUAUUGCUUUACAGAUGAUAGAAACCCAUAAAAUAACACCAGAUUUGCAUAAUAUUUUAAGAUGUUUCCUGUAACGGCGAGCCCUGAAGCUUUGAUUCCACUUACACCACAGCAGUUUGCCAACACUGUCGUUUUUAUCCGUUUACAGCUACAUUAUGUUGUGGAGCAGCUGCGAAAUGAGUUCCUAUUAUCACUUACGUUAAAGCAGCUAUAAAUUAUACUUACAGUACCGAACCCCCCCCCCCCCCCCCCCCCCCCCCUGUCUUUCUUGAAGACAAAUAAAAAAUAAUAAUCUGAAGUGGCGGAAAAUUUAAAGGUACAGCUUUACUGCUGACUCUUCUAACAAAGCUCUGACACUAGAGACUCCUUCCAAAAACCGUUAAAUAAACAUCUCCUUAGAGAAAACGUCGCCGUGAUAAUAAUUCGAGGUUUUCCUCCGCUAGAUCGUCGAAAGGCUUAGAUUACAUGGAGCAGCUACCGUACAGGUCCCUGGGAAUUAGCCGUCACUAUGGAAACUAUAUAUAUAUAUUAUAUAUAUAUAUAUAUAUAUAUAUAUUUACCAUGAAAAGAAUUAAAAUCACUUAUUUUAACUGACUAGAAAAACAUUUUGGCCUUGAACCCGUAAAUACGCUGUGUUGCUUGUUUAUUAAAUAUAUCGAUGUAGUAAUUAAUAAAGCAUCAUCUCAAGAGAACGCAUUAGGCCGGGUUUAGCACAGGCCAUUAGAUGUUCUAGAUAGUGAUAGUGCCUGAUUUAAUUCAUGUGAUUCCGGCUUGUUGCUGGUCACAUGGCUGGUACCUCGGAGUUUUUCCCGAGGUUGAAGUCCGAGUAGAAAAGGCUUGAAGCUCAUACUGAGCGUACUUUACUCAUCAUCGUUUAACACGUUCAUUUCUACUCUUAUAUUCAUCUUUUGAUGAAAUUCCGAUUUUAUUCCGACAAUUAUCGUAGCGUAUCGUUUACCUUUAAUUCGCCAACGAUUUUGGUUCUAGAAAAUCCGCCAGGAUCAAACGAAUGUUUGCGCUAACAUCUCCAUUAACAUCUCCGCUAACAUCUCCAUUAGCAUCUCUGCUAACAUCUCCACUAACAUCGUCAUUAGCAUCUCCGUUAGCAUCUCUGCUAACAUCUCCACUAACAUCGUCAUUAGCAUCUCCGUUAGCAUCUCCGUUAGCAUCUCCACUAGCAUCUCCGCUAACAUCUCCGCUAACAUUUCCAUUAACAUCUCCGCUAACAUCAUCAUUAGCAUCUCCGCUAACAUCUCCAUUAACAUCUCCACUAACAUCUCCAUUAGCAUCUCCACUAACAUCUCCGUUAGCAUCUCCGCUAACAUCUCUGUUAUCAUCUCCGCUAACAUCGUCAUUAGCAUCUCUGCUAACAUCUCCGUUAACAUCGUCAUUAGCAUCUCCGCUAACAUCUCCUAUCCCUGAUUGUUUAAAAAAAACUCUCCUCCUCUUAUUGAACGCCAUUGCAACUGCACUAGCAAUGUUACAACGAAUCACUAAACGCACCACAAAUAUUACAUCAUCAUCAUCAUAUUUAACGUGUUUCAGGGUGGAGUUUUCCUUUAAAGCCCCCAGAUAUUUGAUCUGGUCUCCGAAUCUCCCACGAGCGCAGCGAAACCAGCCGAGAAGAACGUGGCACUGAUUUACCACCGUGUCUCAGGCACUUUUACUGUUUGCUUUAACAUGUGCAGGUCAUUCGCUCUCCUGUUUACAUCGCUCACUCGGGGAACAUGUCGAACAUUUCUAACGCCUCGUUCGUAGUGAGGUUUGAUUUCAGUUCACUUCAGCUAAUCAUUCCGUUUGGCAAUAAAAUGUGACUCUAAUGAAGAAUUAACAUAGUCCUCAGAUCUAGUCCUAGUAAUUUAUUCUGAGCGUUUUGCACGUGUAACACGAUUCAUUUCAGGGAGGAAACGUUCUUUUUUUUGUCUGUUUGUUUGUUUGUUGUUUGUUUUUUUUGGUCAUUUCAGCACACUACGCAAGUCUGGCUCAUGCAAUACAUUCCUAAGAGUAUUAAAGCUGAUUUGAUUUUAUUAGCGUCGUCAUGAGCCGAGGGUUGUGUUCGGUUGCGCUCGUUCAGUGUUUUCCUACUAAGAUAAUGUUUCUUUUUAACACACCGUUACACCAGCAGUGCAGGGACGCGUGUCUGAUUCCGUGUGUGUUUUUGGAAUGGUUAAUAAAGUUGCUUUCUAAUGUCA